UGGCUUCGGUGUCUUUCAGUGUAUAUUUUGUCAACACCUCAACGUCUGGAGUGAGCAUCUGCUUUACCCACUCUCUGGUCAAUAGACAAACAUGGAGCGAAGAAGUAGCAUUCGGAGAAAUGCCAUGGAUAGACAACACAAGGCUGAAGUUAUGAUUGCUGGAGAACAACUCAGGUUGAGGCUUCACGAUGGAAAACUGAUCAAGGAGAGACGCUACCAUCUCAGAACAUAUCCAAAUUGCUUCGUAGCGCAGGAGCUCAUAGCUUGGCUCGUGAGCCAUAAGGAGGCCCCGGAUCGGGCCACUGCCGUUUGUCUGAUGCAGCACCUCAUGGACCAGGACAUUGUUCACCAUGUUUGUGAUAAGAGGUCAGAGUUCAAGGACGCCAAACUGCUGUACCGUUUCCGCAAAGAUGACGGCACAUCCCCCUUCAAUACAGAAGUGAAAAUCUUUAUGAGAGGACAACGACUGUAUGAACACCUCAUAGGGGACAAGCAGUCAAUUCUGCAGCUGAGAGAGGAGCUCGGUGUUGCCUAUCAGCGCUCUUUUCCUGGUUGCCAGCUCAUUGAUUGGUUACUUCAAAAUGGAGAGGCAGAGAGCCGGCGCCGCGGCCUUGAGUUGUGCCGUGCUUUACAAGAGCAUGGCAUCAUUCAGCACGUGGCCAAAAAACACGAUUUCUUUGACAGUGGACUGCUCUAUCAGUUCUGCAUCAAUUUCCGCCGCAGACGACGCCUGUCGGAGCUGCUGAAUGAGAGUGAGCAAGAUGAUGAUGAAGGCACAGUGGUGUCAACGCAUGAAGACAGCCACCCCGAGAGUCCAUUUGUUCUGCGCAAAAAACAACCCCAGGAGGCAGAAGGCGCUUUUUCGUUAGUGGGAGCCAGUAAAGACCCGAAACAGGUGACUAGCGGGCGUCGAGGCAGCUUGAGUUCCCUUCAGCUUCACUCUGCUGGAUUUCCUCCUUUUGCCCCGCUGUCAUCAAACCCGGUCAUAAGAUGCAACCCUAAAUCUGUUCUUAAAAGACAUUUUACUUGUGAAGAGUUACUGGCACCAGGAGCGCCCUUCACAAAGAGAGUGUUGACGGUGGCCGGCGAUGCACUGGGCUGGGGCUUCGUGGUUCGGGGAGUGGCUCCUUGUUAUGUACAAGCUGUUGACCCUGGAAGCCCCGCAGCAGCUGCCGGAGUAAAGGUGCGGCAAUUUGUCUGUCAGUUGAAUGGACAGUGUGUACUCCCUUUGGACUACAGGACGUUGACCACAUUGGUGAUGACGGGACCUCGCAUUGUUGUCCUUGAAGUGAUGGAACCACUGGAAUAACGUUACGUGCCGGGAGCAUAGGGAUUUUCUAAUCAGACACGUCACUGAAUUGCAUCAUACCAGGUGCUUCUGAUAUUUUAACCUUCUCGUGGAGCUAAACGCACAAUAGCGCUAUAAAAGUACAGGAUGUUUAAGAAGUUCUUUGUGUAAUCGGAGCUAGUAGAAAUAGCUAAAUAUUUAGCUGCAAAAGUUUCCCAAUGACUGCUUACUUUAUGUUUUAUUUUAUUGCACAGGUCAAUAACAAAAACACUAGUGUUGUUAUUAUUGUUUUUUUUUUUUUAUUUUGGACUACAACAGAGUACCAAACGACAGGUGUGAAAGCAGCUUUGAAGGUUGAGCAAUUUACCAAAAUGCCAAUUGAUGCCAAUUUUAAGAUAAUGGUUAAGAAUGAAAACCUCAAGUAGAGUGCAAAAUAUAUCUUGUUUGCAUUUGCGGGUCAAAUUCUCCUACAUUAUGGGAGUGUUUCGAAUUAUUACUACUGAGGUGUAGAAUGGUGGGUGUCGUACAUCUGGCAACCUUACCGACUGUUGCCAAAUGGAAAAUGGCAAUUUAUCAUACGAGAAGCUUUAAAUGAUCGUAUUUUGAUGGAAAUUAUCGUACAUACAUGAUUUGACGUUGGUCGAGAAUAAAACUUUACCACAUGCCACAUAUACAAUAGUUUACAUACAGUUUUACCGAACAAAAAAGACCACUAUUGGAAAAUGCUGCCACUGGCAGAACAACGCCCCCUUCCGGCUGUGAGACACUUGAGGUAAUGCACAACAUUGGGCGCAGUGCAGAGUCGUGUAACCUGUUUGUUGUCGCUAAUAGCCACGUAUUUUAAACUGUUCUAAAUUAUCGUGGAUAAUUGUGUUUUGUGGAUUACAUAUACAGUACAUCCACUGGCUACCGCCAAGACUCUUCCUCUCUUUUUCCGCACUGGCUCUAAACCCAGCAAGCAAACGCCACUGCCCCCUACAGUUACACCGUGAAUUACAGUUCAAAACAUCUACAACACAAUAGUACCAUCGGAACAAUGUUUUUUUUACUUGCAUACUGUACAUAUUUCUGCUAUUUAGAAGUAUAAUCUAUCGUUUUGGUCAAAUUUACCAUUAUUGUUGUAUUAUUUAUAUUACAACAACAGCAACAUCUCCGUCGUGGCCAAUCACAACUAUUAGUAUAUCUUUGUAAAACAGUGAAACAAGGAUGGAGAUCUUUUGCACU